AUGGCCCCAAAAGAACCGACCCGCGCACAGCUCUCCUCGCGCCUAACCUACACCUCCGGCCAACAACCCGCCUUCCUGCGCCGUCUACAGAACAAGAUUGCCGGCACAGCCGACUCGGAAGACGAGUUCGAAGGAGAAUACGAAGAUGAUGGGUCGGGCCGACCGCCGAUUCCGCGGCGACCGGCUAUUCCUGAACGGCCGGAGGGGGAUGAGGGGAGUGAGGAUGAGGAUGGGAGGGACGAGGCGCCGCAGAUUGUUGUGCUUAGGGAGGGGAAACAUUUGAGUGGGUGGGAGGUUGAGAAUGAGAAGAGGAAGGCCAAGGGUCUCCCGCCUCUACCUCGACCCUCCUCUCCCUCGGCCGACGCCGACGCCGACAAACCCGAACCAUCGACAACUGAACCUCCGCCAAAGAAAGAACGCGAGAAGAAAGGCUUGAACUUCUCAACUUCUGGUGCUGCGCCGAACAAGUCCAAGAAGCGGAAGGUUGUGCCGGUCGGCGGGGAGGACGAGUUAGAUGCUGCGAUUGAGAGGAAGGUGGGGAAGAAGAAGAAGAAGGCGAAGGACGGAGACUCCGAGGAGGAUCAUCUGAACUUCACGAGCUUUGGGCUCGCGCUCUGCUGCCGUUUGUUGGCGCUUGGUUGGCGCAUCGACAUGUUGAGCCAUUGUCGUUCAGUACGGGGUCCCAAACCCCCGCUUAGGUACCUUCGCGCGAAACGAACAUCGAGAACGUCGGCGCGUCUUUGA